GUGAACUGAACUAAGAGAGGGCUAAUCAUAGAGAGUGAAAGAGAUGAUCAUCGUUACUCGCUGAAUCCGACUUACUUGAGAUUUGCACAGUAAUGCCAUUGUUGAAUUCUGAUUCACAGAGAGGAAUUCAACGAAGAUGCAGUGGUACUUCGUUGCCGCGCUCCUCACUGUUCUUACUAGUUCUCAGGGAAUUUUGACAACACUUUCACAAAGUAAUGGUGGCUACAAGUAUGAUUACGCCACUGUUCCAUUUCUUGCUGAAUUUUUCAAGCUUGUUGUUUCUGGUUUGUUUCUUUGGAAGGAGUUUCGAGGAUCAUCUAUCCCAAGAAUGACAACAGAGUGGAAGAGUAUCCGGUUAUAUCCGAUUCCUUCAAUAAUAUAUCUGGUACAUAACAAUGUUCAGUUUGCUACAUUGACUUAUGUGGAUACAUCCACAUAUCAGAUAAUGGGGAAUCUCAAGAUUGUCACCACUGGCAUAUUGUUCAGGCUAUUCCUGCAGAGGAAAUUAUCAAAUCUGCAGUGGAUGGCAAUUGUUCUAUUGGCUGUGGGAACAACCACUAGUCAAAUAAAAGGUUGCGGGCAGUCUUCAUGUGACUCAGUCUUUUCCGCACCUAUACAGGGAUAUAUGUUUGCUGGCCUAUCUGCCUGUCUAUCAGCAUUGGCAGGUGUUUACACAGAGUUUCUCAUGAAGAAGAAUAAUGACAGUUUGUACUGGCAAAAUGUGCAACUAUAUACGUUUGGUGUGAUUUUCAACAUGGCAAAACUAAUUUUGGAUGAUGUUAGAGGUGGGCUUGAAAAUGGACCUUGGUGGCAACGUCUUUUCAAUGGCUACAAUAUUACAACAUGGAUGGUCGUUUUAAAUUUAGGAUCUACCGGGCUGUUGGUCUCAUGGCUAAUGAAAUAUGCUGACAACAUUAUAAAGGUCUAUUCAACAUCUAUGGCAAUGCUGCUGACAAUGCUUUUGUCCAUAUACCUCUUCAACUUCAAGCCCACUUUACAGCUUUUCCUUGGUAUUAUCAUCUGCAUGAUGUCACUACAUAUGUACUUUGCUCCUCCAAACAUGCUCUUGGAUUUACCUUCUACAGAGAAACCAACUUCUGAGAGUGCUCUAAAAGAAAUUCAUGUUGAAAGAAGGACCAAUCCUUGAGCCAUUACUCUUUCCAAAUGUAAAUUACCACCUCUCAGCCGAUUGUUCUAUCGAUGUUGAGGUAUAUACUAUAAUCAUUGUUUGUUACUACCAAAUCAUUUAAUUUUUCCAAUUUCUCAUUCAUAGAAGUUUAAAUGUUUGGCUAGACA